AUGCUGUGGGCCGGGCUGCGGAGGGGGUGGCGUUGAGGGGGCCAGACUGGAGACGGGGCGGGCAGGAGGCGGUGCGCUGGGGCCGGGCUGGACUUGGGGCCGAGCCUGGCAGCGGGGCGGCAGUUCCGUGGUGUCUGUUCCGCAGGUGCAGCGGCGCAGCCUGAGCAGAGACGGCUCCACGUCGUUGGGAGGAGGAGCAGAAAGAGAGAAAGCAGCGGAAAGGACCGGCCGUGCGCUCUCUUUGCGCGGAGACCGUGCCCUUCCUCCCCAGAUCUCCACCGCCCGCCUGCGGUGCCCUCCUGUCCCCGCGGGGCCGGGGCCAUGUCGGGGCCGGGCCCGGGGGAGCCGGACGAGCAGUACGAUUUCCUGUUCAAGCUGGUGCUGGUGGGGGAUGCGAGCGUGGGCAAGACGUGCGUGGUGCAGCGCUUCAAGACGGGCAGUUUCUCGGAGCGCCAGGGCAGCACCAUCGGUGUGGAUUUCACCAUGAAGACGCUGGAGAUUCAGGGAAAGCGGGUCAAGCUGCAGAUCUGGGACACCGCUGGCCAGGAGCGUUUCCGCACCAUCACCCAGAGCUAUUACCGAAGUGCCAAUGGAGCCAUUCUUGCCUAUGACAUCACCAAAAGGAGCUCAUUCCUCUCUGUUCCUCACUGGAUUGAGGACGUCAGAAAGUAUGCAGGCGCCAACAUAGUCCAGCUGCUGAUUGGAAACAAGUCAGACCUGAGUGACCUUCGAGAGGUUCAGCUGACGGAAGCCCAGCUCCUGGCCGAGCGUUACGAGAUCCUCUGUGCCAUCGAGACGUCUGCCAAGGAUUCCAGCAACGUGGAGGAGGCCUUUGUGAAGGUGGCCACCGAGCUCAUGAUGAGACAUGGUGGGCCUGUGUUCAGCGAGAAGAACACAGACCACAUCAAACUUGACAGCAAGGACGUGGUGGAAGGCUGGGGCUGCGGGUGCUGAUGGUGGCGGGCUGGGGUGGAGUGCAGGCCAGGAGGCAGCAGCCAAUAUGGAUGGAAUGAUAGACAGUGCUAAUACUGUAGUUUUCUUUGACCUAAUGCUAAGUAGUGUUACUGCAAUAACUCCUGCCCCAAAAUGGGGGACCAACGAUUCUGUAGUGGCCAGAGCAGUUAUGAUUGUGCUUUGCUGAUUUUUUUCUUUUUAAAAGGGACAUAGUUAAGGCAGUGGGGUCUACUGGUAUGGCCAUAAUGCAUAAGGGGAAAGUUUCCCUGAAGGAAGAAUUAGGGGGUAAGUUUAGCUUAGCCUCUGAGGUCUCUUCUGGUGCCUUUGCUAUAAGGAUAACCUGUAGGCUUACUGAUUAGUUGACUUUGGUCUGGGUGCAAAAAGGAAGAAGAGAGGCCACAGCAUUCUCCUGAAAACUUAUUUGAGGUAAAAGUAGUUUCUACCCAGCAUCUUUUGCCUGUGUCCCUUUAAAGCCUUCACAUUUCAGGAGCCAUCCACACUCCCAAAGUUACUUGGUGAGGCAAGUGGAGAAAAUUGUCCUCAUCUCUAAGGGAGAUGAUACCCUUUGAGAUCUCUGAGGUACCACUCCCAUCUUCCUCUAUCUCCACCCACUAUCCCCUGCCAAUCCUGGUUUCUAUCAUGGUUAUUCUGAUCAUUCAGACUAUAAUGAGGCCAAGAACUUUUUUUCUUUUUCUUUUUUUCUUUAGGUCAGCUACCAGUGGCCCACCUGGGUGAAGUGGAGUUUCAAUAGGGUUUAGGUCCUUUUUUUUUUCCUGUUUGGUUUUCACACUGUUUUGAUUGCUUGGUUGUUUCCAAGUGACUCUGGUCACUUCAGGUUUCUUUUCUUGGCCCAAGGUGCAGUCUGCCCUUUCCAGGGCCACCCCUUCUAUAAACUGAAUUGGAUGAGCAGGGUGUGGUGAGUGCUAUCUCGGCACCCAUCAGCUCAGCUCAGCCUCCCCUCUCCCCUGAGGACCCAAAGUGAGAGGGUGGGAAGAGGCCAGACUCAGACUUGUUCUAUCUUAAAAAGUUUUGCUAUUUUUCCUAGUUCAAAAAUCCCUUUCCCACCUACCUGGAGUUUUUCAUUCCUACCAGCUCCAAGCAGGAGUGGUGGCUUUCCUUUAAGGGUGAUUCAGCAGCUAAAAUGUUCUGAGGAGCAGGUAUGGAGGAUGGGGAGGCAAGGCUCAGACAAGGAGAAGGAGGGAGGAGUUCAGCUGCAAUUCCCCCAGACCAGCUAUGAUCAUGUAUUCUCUUUCUCAGUGGAAACUAGUUCCUGAGAAGUUUUAUAUUUUUAGAAGAAAUGUAAACCUGUUAAUUAAACAGAAAGUGAAACUACCCCAGAAGCACAGGGAGGUGUAAGGCCCUUCCAAUCUGCUUUUCACUCAUGGUUAGGGGAAGGAAAGACUCAUCAUUAUCUUGAGGCCCAGAGAUUCAGACUUGAGAACCCUUGGAGAUUUCUCUCCAGAGCAGUGCCCUACAGCUCAUCACUGAGUUGGAGGAAAGAGAUAGGGGCAAUGUUGGCACCAACUCGUAUCAGCUCCCUGUUAGCAGAACAGUGGGCCUUGGGCCUCUCUGGCUUCUAACAAGGUAGGGCCAGAAAUUCCCCUCUGCUCCUUUUCUGCCACUCUUCAGGAAAUGGGAGGCCCUACUGAAAGGUUAGCUUUUCCCUCCAGACUCAAAUCUACUAAAAUAAUGAAAAGUAAGUUCAUCCUAUAUCCAAGUGAAAAAUUAUUAAAAAAAAAAAAUCACCCUCCUUGCAAAAUUUAGCCCCAGUCUUCUGGGCACAGUAGGUCUCUUAGAAAUAGAUUAGUGAACCCCUGAGGUUCAGCAUUGGGCCUCCUCAUAAGCCUACUGGUGUCACUAGAAGCUUGCACAAAAGUGGCUGGCCAUCAGGAGUUUUCAUAUACACAGAGUUUUCUGCCUGGCCUUUUUAUCAGCCAGGUUCUGUACCCCUGGUGCUCUACCCUCAUCUUUGUCCCUCUCUGGGAUGCCAAUCUUGGCCUGCUUGUCACUGCCUCCCUCUUCUUCCCAGGUGUCUGGUGUUGCCCUCAUUGCUCCUAGGUACUGAGCCUUCUGUGACUGAAAUUUAGCUUCUUUGCCUCUUAAUUCCUUCAGGACCCUACUUAAGGGACAGUUUUUGACUUUUAAUCUGUGAGGUUAAUGGAAAACAAGAGAAAGCUUUAUCUGCUGUAUCUCCAGGACUUAUCUCUUGGGUACCUAGUGAAUCUGGGCACAUUCUUAGGGGCCUUCUAAAGUCAAAGUGCCCUAUUUUUGUUACCUCUGUGUAGAAUUUUGAAGGGCAAAAUAAUAACCCAUCCUCAACUUACCACUGUGUAAUUCUGUCUUCCCACUCUAAUAAUAGAGACUGCUUGGUGUCCUCAGAGCCUUUCUUUGGAUUUCAGGAUUAGAAUUCUCCCCAUCCAUUCAUCCCUGAAGGAGGUAGGCUCUGUGACAUGCUCCCACCCUCCCUUCCAGGCUAGACCCUGGGGAUGGGUGGAACCAAGCCAGGCCGACUUCAGGCAUUGCUGAGCAGUGAUAGCAGGUUGGAAGAGUGAGCCACUGCUAGCCUUCAGAAAGGGAACUCUUCUGUGCUGAUGUCUGUCCCCUUUCUGGCCUCAUGGAAGGGAACUACACACAGAAAAAGGUAAUGAUGAUGGAGUCCUGGUAGUUGGCUGAACUUGUCCAGGAAAGGAGGCUUCUCUCCUCCCAAACUUUCCCCUCUCUCUCUCUCUCCCAAACUCCAGACUCCUCUCCCAGGCCUUCUCUCUCACAAAGCUGAUAUCUCAACUUUCCCAGAAUCUAUGUCGACAAAAUCUUGGAUUCUGCUAAAUCAUCAAAUCUUAGUGAUUUCAGAGGAUGUUGUGGUUUAACUAGGUUGUUUGCCUCUUCAUGAUGUGGGGUGAGGGGACUAGGACAUAAUACCUGGAAACCUUUUUUCUUUCUGGGUCUGGAUCAGGAAGACUUCAUGCACUCAACAAAAAGUACCUGCUCUCCAUUGCACAGAAGACCCUCUGUCUUGUCCCCAGUACAGAAUCAAGUAGCUAGACCCCUUGAGAGAGCCUAGCCCUUCAAGUAGCAUCUGAAAUAUGUGUUUAGAAGAAAGAUACUCUAUUCCCAGAUCUCUUUUAAUAGUGUACAGGGGGGAAGAAGGAGCUUCUUUCUGAAAAGGGCCCUGUGAUACCCCAUAUCCCUGGCUAUUGCUACCACCCAUUUGCAGAUGUAAAACUGCCUGGGCGUUGGGAAAGGAAACCCCCCCAGAAUCUGGAAUUCAGAUCUCUCUCACCUCCCAGGGUUAUUGUGAGGAAAGGGCUUUGCAUACAUAAGACACUGAAGAAGGUGAACUUAAUCAUUUCCUAGGACUAAAAUGGGACCAAUGGUUUCUCCUACCCACCUUAGCACAUACAGAUUGCUAUUUCCCUGAGGUGGAGAUAGCACUGUUAUUCAGAACAUCAUCCUGAGGGCACACAUUGAAUUUUUGUCAGCCCCCCAGCUUUUCCUUUUCAACCCCUAUACUGCUGCCAAGUUAGAGUUUACUGUGUGUUAGUUGCAUUUGGGCUGAAAAAAGGACUUUGGUUAAAAAGAUAUGUCUUGGCUACCCGACUUGGGGGUAGGGACGUUCCUGGUCAUCUAAGACAGUGGAGAAAGGGAACUGGAAAAGAAAGGGAACUCCUAGUAUCUGUCGUGGCUUUUGUGGAGGAUAAUUUCAACUUUUUGCUGCUGUUCCCUUAGUUUUAGCAAGGUUCCUUCCUCUAUUUCCUUUGACAUCAUGUCUUGAAUUUCCCAUGUCGAGUAGAAGUUAAGGCCAGUUUUUAACUCUCCCUCGCCCCCAGAAAACCCAGUUUCUCCUAUUUCAAUGGCACCUCAGGUUUAGAAACUGAGGUAACCCUUGUCUCUGACCACUUUCUUGCUUCCCAAAUCCAGUCAAAUGCUAAUCCUUCCACUUCUCCAUUUCUUCUGAAUCCUGGCACCCCUGCCCUACCACAGCUUCUGAUCACCUCAAGCUUAGAUUACAGUAAUAACCUCUUAACUAGGCCUCUGCUCCCUUCUCUUCCCAUGGGGACUCAUCCUCCAUGUCACCAGACUUAUCUUACCUCAAGUCCAUCUCUGAUAUCAUUCCCCUCGAUACCACCCAUACACUUACCUUUGCCUGCUGAAUAAAUCCCAAAUUCAGCCUACCAUUCAAGACCUUCCAUUCCUUUUCUCGUCUUUUCCUAUUAGAUGUGAUCCUUUCCCAGAACUGUUCCUUAUUAUUCAACCCUGCCUGGAAGUCCCCAAGUCCCCUGACUUCCCCUGACCCGUUUCACCCACUAUCUCCAUCAAAAUCUUCACCAUACUAGAAGGUCCUGAUUAAAGGCUACCUCUUUCCCCAGAUAACAAACCCUCCCCACCCUCCCUUUACUAAGUGGCAUUGCCACUUAUCAGGUGGUGGUGGUCUUGCAUGGAUAGCUAUUCCUUCUGCCAGCUCCCAGAGUGCAAGGAUUCCAUCUUAUUUAGCUUUGCCCUAGGGCCUACCACAGUGCCACACAUUGGUAGGUUCUAAGUGUGUAUUAAAUGAAUGCAUCAUAUAGAUCUAAAAGGAAUUGGGAAAAUCAUUUUCAUUCCACUUGGGCCUUGAGAAGAGCAUGUAAGAAGAGGGAGACUUUUUUUCCUCCCCUCAGCCUGGUGUUUACCUAUUAGAGACUAUUGGAUAACUGCUUAAUUUGGCUUAGGUGAACCCCAACCUUCUUAAAUGUCCUUCCCUGUGGCACCUCCCCCACCCCCUAGAGUGAGGAGAACCUGUUCUAAUCCCUUCCUUGUUUAUAAAUUACCAAAGAGCAGGGGGAGGGACUGCUAGGGCCUAGUGCAGCCAGCCAGGCCAGCGGGGGAGGUUUGCUGUCCUGGAAGCAAACAGGCCCGAAAUGGACACUGGCUUCUGACGGAAUUUCAUCUCUAACCAGCUCCAACAGGCCAGGCCAGUUUGGGUUUCAGUUGUAGUUAACAUGACCCAGGGAAGCCUGGGAUGGCCAUAGCCUUGUCCUUAGCAUCAUAUGGAGGCCUGAGAAACAUGGUUAAGGUUCCGGUGGGUUUGCCUCACUAUCUCCCAGGUGUCUGAAUUGUCUUAUCGUGGCCAUCUGCUGAGAAGGCUUGUUGAAUGACCAGGGUUUACAUGAUGUAAUGUGUUUAAAAUAGAAACUGGAAACAGAUUUGGGCAUUCUCUACCCUGAAGAGGUAGAGAUGGGGAAUCAUUCCAAGACUGUGUAGGGUUUUUUGUUUUUUUUGUUUUGUUGUUUUUUUGUGAAACUGCCAUCCCCCAAAUAGCUCUGCCCUGAAUCUGGGGGACAGCGUAGAAGCCCCCAGGCCCAUAGCAGUCUGUCUGUUGGUCCCUCGAGGGCAGAAAGUUGAGAUCCAGCAUGGAUUCUGGAUUGCCAAUACACGUAGGAGGGACGAAGCUCUUAAUUCAUAUUGAAUUCAAUUAUUUCAUUUCCAAAAUUACUUCAGAGAUGACAGUGUUGGGUGGCCGCCUUUGGGGUCCCCUUUUUUCUCUCUUCUGUCACUUUCUGUUUCCUGUAGCUCCUCAGUCACUUUUCUCCUCAGGAGAACACAGGGAACCAUUCUCUUUUUUUGACUCGACCUACCCAGAUAAGGCCAAGGCAGUUUGGAAUGUGAGGCCUUGAGAGUGAACUUUGUAUACUUUAGUCAUGUUUUGAUAUUUUACCUUUCAUCUAUUUAUGGAUUUAUAAACUUUAUUAAUAAAAAUGUUUAUUUUUAAAAAUAUGAAA